GCAAACAGCUGUUUCAGCUGAAAUUUCCGAAAUCGUAUUGCUCGGAAAGAAUUUUAUUUAAGCGUGGUAUUGCUGUCACAAUAGAGGAACAAGCACGAAUAAGUUACAAGUCGUAAAUGUUUGAAUUAUUUCGAGGUCUACUUAUUUAAUGUGAAGGAUAGUCGUGGGCUCGAAUAACGCGAUCAACAUACGUACAUAUGCACUAUCCCCGAGAGUGUUUCCCAUGUCAAAUUAGCUGUCAAAUAAAUGGACGUAACCUAAACACGAAAAAUCAAAGAAACCAGUAAAAUUAUUAAAAUGGAUGUCGUGACGACAAGCUUGGAGGCUUUGAUACAAAGAGUAACGAAUCCACAAAAUCAAAAGCCUGAUGUACCGGCCACCGAAGCUUUCUGUGUGAUGAUUACUAAAGAACCAGAGGGUAUUCAGAUCGGCACCAAGUUGUUGGCAUUACAUAUUCAAUCGUCUAAUGAAUCCGAAGCGCUUCAAGCCCUCGCCCUGUUGGACACAUGUAUGCGAAGAUGCGGGUCGUCUUUCCACGCAGAAAUUGGUAAAUUUCGUUUCCUAAAUGAAAUGAUUCGUUUAGUUUCACCAAAGUAUUUGGGUGGAAAAACACCUGUUAUGGUACGUCAUAAAGUAUUACAGUUGCUACACGUGUGGACAAAGGAAUAUCCACGCGAAGUUAAAAUUAAAGAAGCAUACGAAAUGUUGAAAAAGCAAGGUGUUGUCGAGGAUGAUUCGUUGUGCACGAUUAAUGCUUCAGAGGAUACGUUGAAAAUGUCGAAAACGAAACAUACGAUAUUCGAUGAUGAAGAGAAAUCUAAAUUGUUGCAAAAAUUGCUUCAAAGUAAAAAUCCCGACGAUUUACAAGCUGCAAAUAGAUUAAUCAAAACUAUGGUGCGAGAGGACGAAAGAAGAGUACAGUUGAAUUCACGUAGGAUAAUGGAAUUAGAAUCUGUACAUAAUAAUGCAAAAUUAUUGUCGGAAAUGUUAGAUUCCUAUAAUUGCAAUGAAACUAGUGGCGAAGAUCUCGAGUUGAUGAAAGAAUUAAGACAAGCUUGUGAAAGAUUGAAACCAAUUGUACUUAGACUAGCAAACGAAACACAAGAUAAUGAAGAGAUGCUUGGUGAUGUACUUGCGGCAAGCGAUGAAUUGGGACAAGUGUUUGAAAAGUAUUCCGCGAUCAUUGUCCAUGGUGAACGCGUAAACCCUAAAACGGAUUCUAACGCAAGCCCGUAUUUAUUAGAUUUGUCGUCACCGAUAGAGAACAACUCUGUCGAAAGUAAUGAAACGACUAAAGAUUACGAUGCAGCGACAACAAAUCAUCAGUCGGACAUGGAAGUUUUAGGGGACAUUUUCAAUUCAUUAGGAAAAUCUGAAAGUCCAGAAAUUUCUUCCAUUUCUAGCCCAAACCUCUUAAUACCCGAUACAAUGAUCAUGCAGCCAAUCAGCGUACAACCUACAAGUAAAAAAGGUGAAACAAUCGACACACCUGACAGGAAAAUGGACAGUAAAGCAAGAGCAUUGGAGGAACUGAAUGAAUUGGGGGAAUCUUUGCUUAAACAAAGUUUAUCGGGCUCAAUGACAAACACUCGGUCCAAUUCAACAAGUAAGGAAACUGUAAACAGUAUGGUGUUUCCAGUUGUGUCAGAAGAUUCUAAUUCGACCCCCCGUCCGCGUAACGGAUCUUCGCAUGUUUCUGGUUCAUUAGACAUUGGAAAUACAAGGAACGGCAAAUCAGCUGAUGCCGAUGAAAAAACGUCCAUGUGUGGUAACAGUACCCAAUUAAUCGCAGAGGACACUGCUUCGGUGACGUCAACGACAGAAGACAUUGUUUGUAUAGCACCCAAAAUCAAACCGUUGACUGACAUUAAUGUUAGUCUUCAAGAUAUUAAACCAGGCAUUAAUCCACCUAUAACUGUGCUCGAAGAAAAGAAUGGUAUAACCGUUGUGCUUCAUUUUGCUCGGGACAAUCCCAGGGAAGAUGUGUUUGUUGUUGUAAUUACAACGAUGAGCAAAAACUUGAAGCCACUUAACAAUUACUUAUUUCAAGCAGUAGUACCAAAGAAAUGUAAGUGUCGGCUUCAGUCACCUUCUGGAACCGAAUUACCGGGACAUAACCCAUUUCUUCCCCCAUCAGCAAUCACUCAGAUUAUGUUAAUUGCGAAUCCCAGUAAGGAGACGGUGUCCUUAAAGUUUAUGUUAAGUUACACGAUGGACGACGAAACCUUUACAGAAAUGGGGGAAGUAGAAAAGUUGCCUUUACUUUGAAAAAUGUUUCGUAACUUUUACUGGAAGUUAUUGCAAAAACUAUGCUUAAAAAAAUUUCUAGGAAAAAUGAUUUUGGAAUCAUUUUAAUGAAUGAUU